CUGGACAGACUUCUAUAUUCACAUUGGAAGUGAGUGAGCAGUUUCUUAACAGUCAACUACAAGAGGCAAGAGGUAGCUUAUACAAAGAAGGCUCUUGGAAAAGAACUGGAAAAUCAUCAAACAAAAAUGUACUUGUUCUCUUCCAUUUCAUAUCGAAUUCUCCACUAAAAACUGCUUAUUUUUCGGCCUAAUUCUCAGUUUCAAGAUCUCUCUGUGAAGUUUUGUGGUGGAUAUAUGGAGGAUUGUGCUGAAAAAAACUGCUCAGGAUCUAGUAGUCCAUCAUCUGUGUUGCAGCCUUAUGUGUUACAACCAGAAGAUUCAACUCCUUUUUCCUACAAGUUCAAGUUUUCGACUGAGCAUGCUGGAAUAAGGAAAGUAACUUCUGAAACAUUUAUGGCAGGAGGCUACAAAUGGGCUCUUGAUUUUUACCCAAAUGGCACGAGGCCGGGGGAUGAUCAGUACAUAUCUUUAUUCAUCACACUGGAGAGCAACACGACCGAUGUGAUUGCGCGUUUUGAGCUGAUUCUUGUUGAUCAAAGUAGGAAAGGAAAGCAUAAAAUGCAGACCAACUUCACAAUGGAAACUCCUUGCCUAAUGAAACACCAAGGAAGCCAGUGGGGAUUUAGGCGAUACAUAAAGAAAUCGCACUUGAAGAAAUCAUAUUUGAAGGAUGGUUUUCUGGUAGUGAAAUGCAGAGUUGGGGUUUUGUUCCCUGGACUUGCAGCUGUGGACUAUUUGGAGCCGAUGCAUUCGCCUAUGUUGGUAGAAGAAGUUGAAGAACUGGAGGAUGGUAAAAUUUCGGUACUGGAUUCAGCUGUGAGCAUACUUUUUGAGACAGAAUCUGGAGCUCUGUUUAAUGGAGAGCGCGACAAGUUUGAUCAAUACUUGCAUGCUGUAGAUGAGAUUCAGCAGUCCAUAAAGUUGAGGAACAUAUCAGAUUACAAGAUUAGAGGAGUUAAUUUGAUUCAGAUGGCCUCAGAAAGAUUCUUGUUGGAAUUUCAGAACAUAUUAGAAUGGUCUAUAAAUACGGUGGAAGAUGAUACUCUAUGUUGCACUGAUUGUUCAAGUUGCAUAGCUACAAGCUGUAGCUUGGAUUUACUGGAAGGAGAUCAUAUUGGCCGUGGAGCUUUGUCUUCUGAGCAAAUCUAUCGUCUUCGUUGUAUGUCAGAGAGGCUUAACUCUGCAGGACGCCUUCAAGAAUGUGUCGACAUGUACAAGAAUUUAAGGAAGUCUAUGGUGGAUGCCAGCUUUUUAAGAUUUGGCAUUGGGAACUGGCUUAAUUGUGACAUUAGGAGUUUGGCCUGGGAUGAAUUCGCAAAAAAGAUCAAAAUUUGGAUUCGAGCUGCUCAAAUGUGCUUCGUGAUCAUCAUUCCCAGGGAGAAGCAAACUUAUGAGCAAAUAUUUGAUGGUUUCGAAGAUGUCUCAUCUGAUAGUUUUCUAGUUAUAGUUGAAGAUUUUGCAAUUCAGCUCUGCAACUUUGCGGAAAUUAUCAGUUACAGUCCUGUAUUGCUGCAGAAGCUGUUUGAUGUGUUAGAUUUGUACAAAUUUUUGCUGCUUUAUUUGCCAGAUUUCAAAGCUACAUUUCAUUCUGCAUCAACAAAAUGUAUAACUUCUCAGGCUGAAAGGACUCUACAAAGGCUUGCAGAUCUGGUGAGGCAAAUUAUUUCCAACUUUGAGGAUACAGUGCUUCAUGAGCAGUCGAACACAACUAUCUCACGAGGAACAUUGCAUUCCUCGACAAGGUACACCAUGGAACGUGUCAUUGGUAUGGUGCAUUACAAUGAGUUGUUAACUGAAAUUAUUACAUCUGAGCCGACGACGAGUUUCUUAGGUUCUGAAGAAAUGCAGUAUCUGAAAGUUGGAGGCCGAAAGCCUCUGGCACGCCAUUUACUGUGGAUCAUCAUAAGCCUGAAAUAUAAUCUGAAGUCCAAAUUUAAAGAAUACAAAGAUACUCAUUUGGGCCAUUUAUUUUUGAUGAACAAUAUACACUAUAUUAUUGAGGAAAUCAAAGGGUCUUAUGAAAUGCUAGAGAUGAUCGGAGAGGAUUAUGUAACAAAGUUGAACGAAGAUGUGAUGGACGAGGCCAAGAGCUAUCUGGGAUCCUGGGACAAAGUCUUGUAUUGCUUUCGAGAUGAAGGAUUGCAGUACAGAGUUUUCUAUAGCGGCUUUUCAAGGAAUGCCUUGAAAGACAGAUUCAAGAUCUUAAAUGCCACAUUUGAGGAGAUCUUCCAGACUCAAUCCACAUGGUUUGUUCCAGAUUUGCAGCUCCUCGAGCAGCUCCACAGGUCAAUCAUAGAGAAGGUGUUGCCGGCUUACAAAUCAUUUCUUGUGCAAUUUCAAAGUGAAAGGUACAUUGAGAAAUACAUCAAGUACUCACCAGAGGAACUUCAGAAUGUGGUCUGUGACUUAUUUGGUUAGCAAGUAAAAUUGUAAAAUCUUCGCUAGUAGAUGGCAUUGUAUCAAUUGUUUGAUAUAUAGAUUCAGUUUCUUAUUGUUUA